CUCUAGAUUAACCAUCACAUAUCCUCUCUCUGCUCUGCUGAAACACCCCCUCUUCCCCACCUCCCUUCAUUAUCUGUGACUCCUGCUGGUUUCCCAGGUACUCUGAAUGCCAGGGGGGGCGUGGCUUCAGGCCCCGUGGCUCAGUCCGUCCCUCCGUCACCAGCCCUGUCUGGGGGGCAUUUGGGUUCCAUCCUUACCCCCUCUUUUGGUGCACCUUGUGGGGCAUUUGGAGCCAGUCCUUCCAGUGACAGCGCUCUUUUCCAGCCUCAGUUCAAUUUCAUGGAAGGCUCCAGUGUGUUUCAGGCGGUCCCACAAACAAGAAGGGUGGUACAACCCAUGUCUGCGGCAUUCACGUCCACACACAGGGUUUAACAUGAGCACCCCCCUCUGUCGGAGCUCACAUAAUACAGUCUGGGUCUGGUUUUGGGAUCUUCUCAGCACCUCCCUCAAUCGGAGCAGGAGUUCAUCAAGCAGGAGCAGCUCCAUCGACAGAGGCUGGUGUCCACUUUCAGCCACUUUCAGAUAGUGAGAUGAAUAAAACACCAACCCAUUCCUGUGGUAACCUGUUCAUGUGUUUCUGUAGGUCCGUAGUGUUCUGUGUGAUCUGGACUGGUGUGACAUGAAGAACAGCUCAUGUGCAGCCGUUGUGCUUGUUUUAGCCGUAAAUGUCCCCACUUCAAAUCAUUACCCAUCACUUUCCAUAACCAGUGAUCACAGUGACCUUCACUAAGAUUAGAAACUGGAGCCAAGAACACCACGGAACAAAGUACCGGCUGAACCAAAUACUAGAACACCACAGAGCAAAGUACCGGCUGAACCAAAUACCACAAGCAUUUCUGUCAAAUUGCAAAUAAACAUGAAUUCUAGACAUUUCUCUUCAAACAGAACCAAUAAACAUAUGCAGUGUUUUUUAAAGUUUACAUACACACACCCCCUCCCAACUCCCACCUAACCCCUCUUCUUCUGUUAGUGACAUUUAGACUGGGACUGAAUUACCAUAUAUGGAUCCAACUAUGUUCAUAAAUGUGUGGUCAUGGAAACCAUCCUGUGCAUCAGCUGUUCUCCUCUGUUUCAUAUGGAAGCAGAAGAGAUGGAUGGUGAUGCCACAGGACCCCAGUCUGAACCCAGGUCUGGAUCUGGGUCUAGACACGGGUCUGGAUCCCAGUCAUGACAUGGGUCUGGAUCCGAGUCUGGACACAGGUCUGGAUCUGGGUCUGGACAGUGGUCUGGACACAGGUCUGGAUCCCAGUCCUGACACAGGUUUGGAUCCGGGUCACGACACAGGUCUGGAUCCCAGUCCUGACACGGGUUUGAAUUCCGGUCUGGACAUAAGUCUAGACACGGCUCUGGAUCCCAGUCCUGACACGGGUUUGGAUCCCGAUCCUGACAUGGGUCUGGAUCCAGGUCUGGAUCCCAGUCCUGACACGGGUUUGGAUCCUGAUCCUGACAUGGGUCUGGAUCCAGGUCUGGAUCCCAGUCCCAACAUGGGUCUGGACACGGGUCUGGACAGGGGUCUAAACAUGGUUUGGGAUCUGGGUUUGGACAGGGAUCUAGACCUGGGUCUGGAUCUGGGUUUGGACCCGGGUCUGGUUUGUGGACCUGCAGGGGUGAGCCCAUGUGCAUGUGUGUGUUUGUCCACGGGCUGUGACAUAUUCUGCUGUAAAUAGUGAAAGUUUGAAAUCUACUGUAUAUCAGAGUAUUGCAUCAUGAGUAUUU